ACACCCACAGCCUCUGACCCUCUGGAGCUGGUAUGUGACGAGCAGCGCCUGUGGGGCCAUGUAUUGGAAGAGCGAUCAGAUGUUUGUGUGUAAACUGGAGGGAAAGGACGUGCCGGAGCUGGCGGUUCCCCGCGAGAAGUGCCCCGGGCUCAUGUCGGAGGAGUGCGGGCGGCCUGCAGCCCUGGCGGCCGGGAGGACCCGCAAAGGCGCUGGGGAAGAAGGACUGGUGAAUCCCGAGGGAGCCGGGGACGAGGACUCCUGCUCCUCCUCGGCCCCGCUUUCCCCGUCGUCCUCGCCCCAGUCCAUGGCCUCGGGCUCUGUGUGCCCGUCAGGCAAGUGUGUGUGCAGCAGCUGCGGCCUGGAGAUUGUGGACAAAUACCUCCUCAAGGUGAAUGACUUAUGCUGGCAUGUCCGCUGUCUCUCCUGCAGUGUCUGCAGAACGUCGUUGGGGAGGCACACGAGCUGUUACAUUAAGGAUAAAGACAUUUUCUGUAAACUCGAUUACUUCAGACGGUAUGGUACCCGCUGUUCCCGCUGUGGCAGGCACAUCCACUCGACUGACUGGGUCCGAAGGGCCAAGGGCAACGUGUAUCACCUGGCCUGCUUUGCCUGUUUUUCUUGCAAGAGGCAACUGUCCACCGGAGAGGAGUUCGCCUUGGUGGAGGAGAAGGUCCUCUGUAGAGUGCACUUUGACUGCAUGCUGGACAAUCUAAAGAGAGAAGUGGAGAAUGGUAAUGGGAUUAGUGUGGAAGGAGCCCUUCUCACAGAGCAAGACGUCAAUCAUCCAAAGCCAGCCAAAAGAGCUCGGACCAGCUUCACAGCCGAUCAGCUCCAGGUUAUGCAAGCACAGUUCGCUCAGGACAACAACCCAGACGCACAGACCCUCCAGAAACUGGCAGAAAGGACAGGCUUAAGCAGACGUGUCAUACAGGUGUGGUUUCAGAACUGCAGGGCCCGCCAUAAGAAACACGUCAGUCCCAACCACUCUUCCUCCGCCCCGGUCACAGCUGUCCCCUCCUCCAGGCUGUCCCCACCCAUGUUGGAAGAAAUGGCUUAUUCUGCCUAUGUGCCCCAGGAUGGGACGAUGCUGACGGCGCUGCACUCAUACAUGGAUGGUAGCUCACCAACAACUCCUGGACUCCAGCCCUUGCUACCCUAUCCAAUGACCCAGCUGCCAAUAAGUCAUACCUAAUUCCUUCUUUCAGGGAUAGAAAUGAUUGAGGAUAUAAACUUGUCAUUUAUUAUGUAUAAAAUACCAUUGAAAAGAUAUUAAUGUUAAUUUUUUUUAUUUAACACUCAAAGCAUUUCGAACAUUCUCUCGCUGCCCAGGUAUGUAUCUAGAGUUGGCCUGCAAGACACUUUUAUUGAUUCUUC